GAUUCUUUUCAAGCCUAUCAGCAGAAGCCGGUGUUCAUUUGAGUGCUAUUACGAGUUUGGUAACGUUGUGCAAUAGGAUAUUAUUCGCUAUCUGUUAGCGAUUUGUUAUGAUAAUCAGAUUGUCGAUUUGUUCAGGUCGUUUGGUGGGUGGCUGGUGAAGUGAAGACUGUUUUGUGUGUGUGUGGUUUCGAAUAGAAUCUCGUUUUUUUACCACAGAACUGGUUUUUACUGAUAACUGUUUCACCAAAGUUUUGAGCCCCUCGGCCUUGGACUUGCAUCAUGGCGAAUUCAUCCACUAAUGGCACUAUUAAUGAAACAAUUCUUUCUGCUAUGGACGAAUUUUGUGGGUCUACAUUCUGGAAUCAAACACUUACUUGGGACACAAAUGAUCCAGAAUUAACCAAAUGUUUUGAAAAGACAGUAUUAGUAUGGGUUCCCUGUGUAUUUCUGUGGGUUUUUUGCAGUUUAGAAAUAUUUUAUAUAAUGGAUAGUAAAAAGAGAGACAUUCCAUGGAAUUGGCUCAAUUUAUUGAAACUACUUAUAACAGGGACACUCAUAGUAUUGUGUUUGAGUGAUAUAGUGACAUCAUACAAAAGAGCAGGAGAGAACAAUGGUGUUGUCUUUGCUGUAGAUCUUUAUACACCACUAGUGAAACUUGCCAGUUUUACACUUACAGGAAUCCUAUUAAUUUACAAUAAAAAACAUGGGAUACAAACAUCUGGAUUGCUGUCCCUCUUUUGGUUUUUCCUAGCUCUUUUUGGAGCUCCUCAGUUCCGUACAGAAAUAAGAGAUUCUAAUCAAGAGGAUUUUCCUGCUGAUUCCUAUUAUUUUUAUGUCAGUUACAUGAUAUAUUAUCCCUUUGUGAUUGCAAUGUUUUUACUCAACAUCUUUGCUGAUCAACAGCCCAGAGAGACCAAAUAUCCUAAAGUGGAGAAUCCAUGCCCAGAAGAGGGAGCUAAUUUCUGGUCCCGAACAUUUUUUGCUUGGUUUGAUGCAUUAGCAUGGAAAGGUUUCAGAAAACCUUUGGAAACUAAAGAUUUGUGGGAGAUGAAUCCCGAAGACAGUUCUAGGGAAUUGGUGCCCAUUUUUGAAAAACAUUGGAGGAAUACUCUGAAGAAAUGUGAAAGUCCAACACCCGCCCAGGUGACGUCAGCCAAAUUCAAGUCUGACCCCACUCGAGUUGAUUUCGUCAGCAGUCGCAAGAAGAAGCAAGCCUCCAUUUUACCGGCGCUGCUGAAGAGUUUCGGCGCCACGUUCUUGUUCGGCGCAUGCCUCAAGCUGGUGCAGGAUCUGUUGACGUUCGCCAGCCCGCAAAUUUUGGGAUUCAUGAUAUCUUACGCGAGACAAGACGCCGGCAACAAGGAAGUAUGGAAGGGCUACUUCUACGCAGGCCUUCUAUUCCUCACGGCCACCGUCCAAACGCUCUUCCUCUCGCAAUACUUCAACCGGAUGUUCAUCGUGGGUAUGCGCAUACGGACCGUGCUGGUCAGCACCAUCUACCGCAAGGCCUUGAAGAUAUCGAACAGCGCUAGAAAAGAGAGUACCGUGGGCGAGAUCGUCAAUUUGAUGGCAGUGGAUGCGCAGAAAUUCAUGGACAUCACCGGGUACUUGAAUAUGAUCUGGUCGGCGCCAUUGCAGAUCUGUUUGUCCAUGUACUUUUUGUGGCAGGAGUUGGGGCCUUCCGUGUUGGCUGGUUUGGCCGUUAUGAUCAUUUUGAUACCUGUCAAUGGGUUCAUCGCCAAUCGAAUGAAAACUUUGCAGGUUAAGCAAAUGAGGAACAAAGACGAACGCGUGAAACUGAUGAACGAAAUCCUCAACGGCAUCAAAGUGCUGAAAUUGUACGCUUGGGAACCGAGUUUCGAGAAUCAGGUGUUGAAGAUCAGGAACAAAGAGAUCAGAGUUCUCAAACAGGCAGCGUAUUUGAACGCAGGCACUUCAUUUAUUUGGUCCUGCGCCCCCUUUUUGGUGUCAUUGGUGUCUUUCGCUACCUACGUACUGGUGGAUGAGAAAAACGUGCUAGACGCGAAUAAGGCCUAUGUCUCUAUCUCUCUCUUCAAUAUCAUUCGGUUUCCGUUGAGCAUGUUGCCAAUGAUAAUUUCGAAUUUGAUACAAACUUGGGUGUCCGUCAAAAGAAUCAACAAAUUCAUGAAUGCAGAAGAACUAAGUCCAGAUAACGUGUAUCAUGAUCCAAAUGAAGCUGAACCUCUAACGAUCGAAAAUGGCACCUUCUCCUGGGGCGAGGACGCCGUCUUGAAGAAAAUCAACAUCCGGUUGAGAAAGCGCACCCUAUCGGCCGUGGUCGGCACCGUCGGCUCGGGCAAAUCGAGUCUCGUGUCCGCCUUUCUGGGCGAGAUGGACAAGAUGGCGGGCGUCGUGAAUACGCACGGUAGCAUGGCGUACGUAUCGCAGCAGGCCUGGAUCCAAAAUGCCACCUUAAGGGAGAACAUUCUGUUCGGGAAGGCUUACAAUAAAGAUCUCUACGACAACGUGGUCGAAGCGUGCGCUUUGGUGCCCGACUUGGCGAUGUUGCCAGCUGGCGACCAAACGGAAAUCGGUGAGAAAGGGAUAAAUCUGUCAGGGGGCCAAAAACAGAGGGUCAGUCUGGCCAGAGCCGUCUACGCCGACGCAGACAUCUAUUUGAUGGACGAUCCGCUGAGCGCUGUGGACAGUCACGUGGGCAAGCACAUCUUCGAAAAGGUGAUCGGACCCAAAGGGCUGUUGAAGGACAAGACGAGGGUACUGGUCACGCACGGCAUCACCUAUUUGCCACAAACCGAGAAAAUAAUCGUGUUGAAGAACGGCGAAGUGUCUGAAAGUGGCACUUAUCAGGAGCUUUUGGACAGAAAGGGGGCCUUUUCCGAGUUUUUGUUGCAGCAUAUCAGCGAAGAAGCGGAAACCGAAGAAGAACUGGACGAACUGAAAGACCAGCUGGUGGACACCCCUCUGUCCGAGGAGGUGGCCAGGCGACUGGAACGCCACCGGUCGCGCACCGUCUCCGAGUCGCAUUCCGACUCCGGUUCGGACCGACUCGGCAACGGCUCGCUGCAACGAAGAAGAUCGUCGGAUAGUGCGGAGAAGAGCGGGAGGAAGCAAUCGGCGACUGUCGUUGAUGAAAAGAUCGCGAAAAAAGGAGAGAAACUGAUAGAGGUGGAAAAAGCGGAAACGGGCAACGUCAGCUGGUCAGUGUACAAGAACUACCUCAAAUCUAUCGGGCUGUUUUUCAUGUUGGUCACUUUGCUGUUCAACCUGAUGUACCAGGGUUUCAGCGUCGGCGCGAACGUGUGGCUAGGAAAAUGGGCUGACGACAAUUCCACCGUGGUGGACACUGGUCGCAGAGACAUGUACUUAGGGGUCUAUGGGGCCCUCGGAAUCGGGCAGGCUUUGGCAUCUUUCGUGGCCGAAUUGUCCAUUUUAUUGGGUUGUUUAGCAGCAGCGGCCGCAUUACACAACAUCCUCCUCAAAGGCGUCACACGUUUGCCGAUGUCCUUUUUCGAUACCGUCCCUGUAGGCCGGAUUUUGUCAAGGUUCGCCAAAGAUAUGGAAGUGAUGGACGAAAAAUUGAACCGUUCUUUUUCAGACGGGAUAUAUUGUACUUACGAGGUUGUAGGAACAUUGUUCGUUAUCAGUUAUACGACGCCGUAUUUUAUAUCAGUUAUCGUGCCGAUUGCUGCCAUCUACUAUUUCAUACAAAGGUUCUACGUGGCCACAUCGAGACAACUGAAACGACUGGAAUCCAUCACCAGAUCGCCAAUUUACUCGCAUUUCGGUGAAACGGUCUCAGGGACACACGCCAUCCGAGCUUACAGCCAACAGGAAAGAUUCAUGGUGGAGUCUGAGCGAAGGGUGGAUUUGAACCAGAUUUGCUACUAUCCGAGCAUCGUGUCCAAUCGUUGGUUGGCCGUCAGAUUGGAGAUGAUGGGCAACUUGAUAAUAUUGUUCGCAGCGCUGUUUGCUGUGAUUGGGAAAGAUAAGGUGCCCGGAUUGGUCGGGCUGUCAGUUACUUACGCCUUACAGAUCACGCAAACCCUCAACUGGCUGGUGCGUAUGACCUCCGACGUGGAAACCAACAUCGUGGCCGUGGAGCGCAUCAAAGAGUACGGCGAAGCGCCGCAAGAGGCCGCAUGGGAAAUUCCCAACAAAAACCCACCUGCCGCCUGGCCCGAAAUAGGUUCAGUGGAGUUCAAGAAUUACGCCGUCCGGUAUAGACCCGGGUUGGAUUUGGUGUUGACCGGGGUGGAUUUCAAUAUUAAAGGGGGCGAAAAAGUCGGCAUUGUUGGUAGAACUGGUGCAGGGAAGUCCAGUUUGACUCUGUCCCUAUUCAGAAUAAUCGAGGCGGCUCAAGGUCAAAUCCUCAUCGAUGGCGUCGACAUCGCCGAGUUGGGAUUGCACACGUUGCGCGCCCGUUUGACCAUCAUACCGCAAGAUGCCGUCCUCUUUUCCGGCACGCUGCGCAUGAACCUGGAUCCGUUCGAUGCGCACUCGGACGAGGAGGUGUGGCGUUCGCUGGACCACGCCCAUCUCAAGGAUUUCGUCAAGAGGAUUGAACGCCGGCCUGAACCACGAAGUGUCCGAAGGCGGGGAAAAUCUGUCGGUCGGCCAACGGCAGCUGAUCUGUUUGGCGCGUGCGCUGUUGAGGAAAACUAAAGUGUUGGUGUUGGACGAGGCGACGGCCGCCGUCGAUCUGGAAACGGACGAUCUCAUCCAGAGGACGAUCCGGGAAGAGUUUAGGAAUUGUACUGUGCUCACGAUCGCCCACAGGCUGAAUACUAUCAUGGAUUCGGACAGGGUGAUCGUCCUCGACAAAGGAAAGAUCGUCGAGUUCGACAGUCCGCAAAAUUUGCUGGCCAACAGUGAGUCGAUAUUUUAUAGCAUGUCGAAGGACGCGGGGUUAGCUUGAAUUUUUUCGAUCUGUUUUUCGAAAUAGCCGAUUUAUAUUAGGCCCAAUUCACUACUCGAUAAUAACAUCACAUCUGGUAUUUGUUUUUUUUUUCUUAUUCGGAUACACAUGUGAAUGUUUUAUAUUUUUGUACUUAAGUUUUACAAUCGAAACUUGAUAUUAUUUAGAAAGAAUGUGAUUGUCUUGUUUACUUAAUCAUUUUUAGAAUCAAUUUUUGUGUUAGGGUGAUUUUUUCCUUAAGAGCAAUUCAGUUUUCUUACACUUUUUACACAACCAGUAUUCUUGCCCCUGUGUCUACGAAUAACACUUUUAUCGAUGUAUACCAGUAUAAUUGAGAAAUUUUAUAUACUUUCAUCUGUUUGUUAAUAAAAAAAUAACUAAAUA